GACGUCAAUGAAAUAUAAUGAGAUGAUUCGAAAAUGUGAUGGGUCGGGGCUCGGGUUGAUUUUCGGCACACACACACUCGGUAAACUGUAAAGGGAAGCGCUCCGUGUGUGCAUCAUGUUCGUAUUCCGGUAUAAUGCGUGCGUUUACUGUUGAACCAAAUUCGUAGCAGCCGACAUAUUUCGGUAGGGAUCGCGAUAUCUGUUAUAUUAGGCUGCUAGUUUGCUGUCUGCCUUUAUGAUGGGAUGCGAGGAAUAGGUGUUUUCAAACUUAUUGCAUCUCUACAUGGACUCCGAUUAUGUGAGGACUGAACAGCUUAAUAUGAGAGAGAGCAUAUAGCGAACAACACAUGGUUCCUCAUCAUUUACUGCAUGUUUCAUGAAACAAUUAUGAUCUGAUUGAUCUAGAGAGCGAGACAAGAGCGAGUACAAUGAAGUAGAGAGAUAGCCCACGAUUACAUCGGUGUGUGGUUUCCUUAUUUUAAAGAUUUACUGCUGUGGACAGGUGAGCGCCUAGCUUUACAGGCAACAUGGCCCAGACAAGGAGACUGUCUGUGUGGCAGAUGACCACACAGAUCAUCAGUUUGAAGUUACUCCUGUGCUUUCUGCUUCUUCAAGUUUUUGCAGUCUAUGGGACAGAAGCAAGGACCAUAGAUAAUAAUAAGACCAUAUGUAAACCUGGAGUAAUCUUGCCUGUUUGGCUACCGCAAGAGGACAUAUCCCUUGGAGAUAAGAUAGCCAGAGCUAUUGUGUACUUUAGUGCACUUGCAUUCAUAUUCCUUGGAGUGUCCAUCAUUGCUGACCGCUUCAUGUCCGCAAUUGAAGUCAUCACUUCGAAGGAGAAAGAAAUCACCAUCAAGAAACCCAAUGGGGAAAUGGUAACUGUGAAUGUGAGGAUCUGGAACGAGACCGUGUCGAACCUAACUCUCAUGGCUCUAGGAUCCUCAGCCCCUGAGAUCCUGCUCUCUAUUAUUGAAAUUUGUGGGCGAGGCUUUGAAGCAGGAGAUCUCGGCCCUGGAACAAUUGUUGGUAGUGCAGCAUUUAACCUGUUUGUUAUCAUUGCAAUAUGUAUCUACUGUAUACCUAAUGGGGAGCUUCGGCGCUUGAAGCAUUUAAGAGUCUUUUUUGUUACCGCUUCAUUCAGUGUAUUGGCUUAUUUGUGGUUACUCGCCAUUUUGAAGCUUUUCUCUCCUGGUGUCAUUGAAUUGUGGGAAGCAAUAGUAACACUACUGAUGUUUCCUGUGACUGUUAUUUGGGCAUAUAUCGCAGAUAAGCGCAUCUUUUUUUACAGAUUUCUCAGGAAAAAGUACACUGCUGAAAGAGUGGUUAGGAGAGGGUCCAACUUACAAAAUGCAAUGGAGAUGGGCGAGAAUGAGAUGCAUGAGAAUCAUCUCAAUCAUGGAAUGGAUGGUGUUGAGUUCAAGGGCAAAAGAUACAAGGAUCUGGAUGGAGAUGUGAGUGACAUCAAGGAUCUGGAGGAUUCUAGGAAGGAAACCAUUCGCCUUCUGAGGGAGCUUAGACAGAAACACCCAGAUGCUGAUCUUGCUACCCUUGAGCAGAUGGCCAACUACGAAUCCCUCAACAACCAGCAGAAGAGCAGGGCCUUCUACCGUAUUCAGGCUACUAGGAAGAUGUGUGGCGCUGGUAAUAUCCUCAAGAAGACGUUGGAGAAGAAGCGAGCAAGUGUGGCAGAAGUGAAUAUAGAAGUACUGCAGGAUGACUCCAUCACCCGUGUUUGUUUUGACCCGUUCAACUACACUGUCAUGGAGAAUGUGGGAAAUUUUACGAUCACUGUCGCGCGACUCGGUGGGGACAUGAACAGCACCGUAUAUGUGGACUAUAAGUCAGAGGACGGUACGGCCAAUGCAGGUUCGGACUUCCACUAUGCAGAGGGGACUCUAAUCUUCAAGCCAGGAGAAACGCACAAGGAGAUUCCCCUCAGCAUCAUCGAUGAUGAUAUCUUUGAAGAGGACGAGCACUUCUUUGUGCGUCUGAACAACAUCCGUGUUGGUGGCCCAGAUGGAAUGUUCCAGAGCAACUGCAACGAUCAGCAAGCACAGAUUGUAGAACCACUCCUUGCCACCAUUACUAUUCUAGAUGAUGAUCACGCUGGCAUAUUCCACUUUGAGGACAAACUUACCAAGAUUCCAGAAUCUUCUGGUGAGGCACAGUUCAAGGUUGUUCGAUCAUCUGGUGCAAGAGGCAUGGUGCGUGUUCCCUACAAGACAGUUGGGGCAACUGCCAAGGGAAAUGGAAUCGACUUUGUGGAUGUGGAUGGAGAGCUGGAAUUUGAGAACGAUGAAACUUGGUAAGUUCCCUUUUUAUUCCUGCUACAUAUACAUGUACAUUGUAACUAUAGUUUUGCUGUAUAAAGGAGGCGCGAUAGCUCCGUUGGUAAAGCAUUGGUCUCGUAAUCCGGCGACCUGGGUUCAAAACCAAGUCGAUGCGCUAGUGCCCUUUGGUAAUAAAGACAUUACCGGUAAUCCUUAUUACCAGGUCUCUCGGAGAGGACCUAAAGCCGUCAGUCCUCCGGUUGCUUACUAACAAGCAUUUAUGUUUUCUUAGCAGUCGGGUAAAAAACAAACACUUCUACUACCACCAUUGCACACUCAAUUAACAUUCAUUUUCACUCUUUGACUUUAAAAUUCUGUAAGUAAAAGCGAAUUAUGCGGAGAUGCAUUGUAAUAAUAAAUGGAAUCAAACAGAGUUUUAAAAAACUGAAGAAUAGAGAGAAUAAAGAGCAAUAUAUUCGCCCGAUAAAAAAAAUAUUU